CUUGUACUUAAGUAAUUACAGUAGGUAUGGCGGACCGUACGAACUACCAGAAUAGACAGUGGAUGGGAGGCUGGAAUGACCCUCCUCCAACUGUAUUAGCAAACCAGGACAAGUAUAAAGGGAGACAGUCCAUCGUGUCUAAACAGGCCCGUCCCGGUGCUAGGAGUUACCCUAGUAAUCCACUUGUAAGUGGUACUGGAGUUGCGGGUCACCAAUUGGCAAUGACUCCAGGCGCUGGUGGAUAUUCUAACCCUCAAGGUGGCUACAAUAGCCCCCAAGCUCAAGGUGGCUACAAUAGCCCCCAAGCUCAAGGUGGCUACAAUAGCCCCCAAGCUCAAGGUGGCUACAAUAACCCUCAGGGAGGCUACUCAAGUCCACAGGGUGGUUAUAAUUCUGGUGGUUAUAAUAACCAAGCGUACGGAGGACAGGGUGGGGAUCAUUACCAAACUACACACGGUAACCACGGUAACGCGGGCUCCUGGUCUAUAACAGACUAUCUUCGUGCGGGAAUAGACAAGAUAGACGUUAAUUCUAUUAACCAAACUCUUAAUAGCUGGACUGAGAAAAUAGGUGCCUACACUUACAGCAUGCCACAGGCUCAGAACAACGUAUCAAAGAAUCAGGACCACUUGUUUUCAGCUAAUUCGCCACAGUACAACAGUUACAACAACAACCAGUACGACAACACCCAGUCCAACAACACCCAGUUCAACAACAACCAGUCCAACAACAACCAGUACAACCAGCAAUACAACAGCCAGCAGCCAAGCCAGUAUAACCAACAGUACAGCCAACAAGGAGCACAAAAUGACCCUCAGUUUGAGCAACAAGCCCAGCAACAGUACGCUCAACAGAUGUACAACCAACAGAAGUACGAUUACGAUCAGUUCUCCAUGUACCGAGGUCCUGAGGAUCCAGCUCCCCCUCCUAUUAUGAGUCCUUCUGCACAACCUGCUGCACAACCUGCUGCACAACCUGCUGCACAACCUGCUGCACAACCUGCUGCACAACCUGCUGCACAACCUGCUGCACAACCUGCUGCACAACCUGCUGCACAACCUGCUGCACAACCUGCUGCACAACCUGCUGCACAACCUGCUGCGCAACCUGCUGCGCAACCUGCUGCACAACCUGCUGCUCCAGCACCGGAAAUAGUUCAACAGCAACACUACCAACCCCAGCCAGUUGUUGAGCCGGUUCAGACCAGUGAGCCAGUGGCAAUGCCAGUACCGGCAGUAGAGCAGAGCCAGGAUUAUUAUCAGCAGUACUACAACUACGCGGCUCAACCUGACCAGCCCAGUUUCCAGGCUGAUUAUGGAGCGGUUCCAAGUAUACCAACUGCUCAGCCAACACCAAUACAAGACCAGGGUGGUCUCUACCAAUCUUGGCAACCACAUGAGUUUAAUACUCAGCCUCAGCUCUCAACAGAGUUCAUGGCCCAACAUAUUCCUGCUGAAACUCUAGUUCAACCUGUGGAGCCCUUCCAAAAAUCUUCAGAACUAUUACAGGAUCCUGUUGAAGCUUGUCCACAACCAGUUGAACCAACACCACAACCAGUUGAACCAACACCACAUCCAGUUGAAUCAACACCACAACCAGUUGAAUCUAUCCCUGCUGAAGCGAUCCCUGAAACUGUUGAAAUUGCUGACCCUCAGCAGGUUUCUGAGGAUGUGUCCUCAAUAACACCAGAGGAGAGUGCACCAGAAGCACCUGUCCAGACGAGUUUACCAGAACCUGCUACACCAGCACCAGAAGAGGAGCCAGUGGUUACGGUCCAACCUGAAACAGUACCUGAUGUUGUAGAUACCGAGCAAGUUGUAUUGGAACAGGUUGAACCUGCAGUGGAGCCAGCUCAGGAGAGUGUAGUGACUCAGCCUGUUGAUCCUGCUGACUUCUUCAGCUCAUUCCCCUCUCAAAUAAGUGAGCAACCUGUUGUGGAACCUGUUGUGGAACCUGUUGUGGAACCUGAAGUUACUGCACCUCCUAUCCCACCUCAGCCAAUAAGUGAACCUGUUUCUCAACCCAGUGCAUUUGCGCCUCCUCCACUUACCUCAUUCUCUGCUUUUGCUCCACCAACUGGUGGACCACCACCAUUCAGUGGAUCCUCUCCUUUUGGUGGACCUCAAUCGCUAAGUGGACGUCCUCCUCUCGGUGGUCCUCCUCCUCUCGGUGGUCCUCCACCAUCAGCUUUUGGCCCUCCACCUGUGCUAUCUGGACCUCCUAAUACUGCUAAUAUGUUUGCUCCGAUAUCUAGUGAUACAGGUGCCAACCCAUUCCGCUCUUCGCCCGGCCCGAGAUCCUCCCCUGGAGCUAGAGCAUCCCCUGGAGCUAGAGCAUCCCCUGGAGCUAGAGCAUCCCCUGGAGCUAGAGCAUCCCCUGGAGCUAGAGCAUCCCCUGGAGCUAGAGCAUCCCCUGGUUCAAAUGGUUCACCUGUUCCUCCUCCCUUCCUUCCUACUAGUAUUGCUGCGUCUGAAGGCCCAGUAUCUGAACUACCCAACUCACCCCCCAUAUUACCUGUGGAGAGUUUCGGAGGGGUCAGUAUAUUUAAACCAGCUCCAGUUGAAUUGGAACCAUCUGAACCGGCAAGUGCUGGGUGGGACAAUAACUUCGACACUUGGGACGAAGAUCUUGAUAAUGGUGAUACCCUUAAUAAAGAUUUCGAGGACAUUCAAUUGUAGAUAAAUGUAGUGGGCACAAACUGUGCUUUUUGAAAUUUAUUCUGGUCGAUUUCAAUCGAAUUUUGUGGAUCAAAAUGCAUGCGAAAGAAAUUUAAGAGUGCUGGUAACGUAACUUACACGUGAUUUACACAGCACCUAUGUUAUUUUUGAGAUGCCAAUGAAUUAUGUUUCGGGAAAAUUGGCGAAAUUGUAAAGUUUCUCGAAAGAGUUCGAUAUUAUGUAAAUACUUAUUCAAAUCGCUUCGACAAAAUUUUGAAUCAUUUAGCUUAUAAUUUCAUGAUUUGACUCAUAAUAUUGAAUGACAGCUGUUGUUUAAACUUGAUGGUUUUAGAUCUAGGAUGAUAUUCCAGUGGCAUUUUGCAGGGAUUACAAUUUGUCGAUUAUUGGGUCAGUGAACCUUGACUGAAUUCAGUAUAUUUUAGAUCUACAACUUUUUCUUAGAA